AAAUUAUACGAAUUCCCCAAUCCUAAAAUUGGUCUCAGAUUGUAAUUUAAUUAAUAUUCGGACCUCCACUGCGAUUCUUAGGAAGAUUUCAGCGAUUUGAUUUCGUUGAACAAAACUCGAAUUUCUUUGAGGGAUUUUGAAGUACGAGUUUUGAUCGGAAUUCGGAAUCAGCUAUGCAGAGCCAGCUUGUGUGUAGCGGGUGUAGGAGCAUUCUUCUUUAUCCUAGAGGAGCUACAAAUGUUUGUUGCGCAUUAUGCAACUCAGUGACCUCAGUCCCUCCUCCUGGGAUGGAAAUGGCACAACUUAUAUGUGGAGGCUGCAGGACAUUGCUAAUGUAUACACGUGGGGCAACAAGUGUUAGAUGCUCUUGCUGUCACACCGUCAAUCUUGCACCAGGACCCAAUCAAGUAGCUCAUGUUAACUGUGGGAACUGCCGGACAACACUUAUGUAUCCUUAUGGGGCUCCUUCAGUCAAAUGUGCAAUUUGUCAAUAUGUCACAAAUGUUAUGGGCAACAUGAGGGUUCCAAUUCCUGUGCACAGACCCAAUGGAACCAAUUCAACAAUGCCCUCCACUUCAGCUCCAAUGCCUCAUUCACAAAGCCAAACUGUUGUCGUUGAGAACCCUAUGUCCGUUGACGAAAGUGGCAAAUUGGUGAGCAAUGUAGUUGUUGGAGUCACAACAGAAAAGAAAUAAAUCAAUCAGAUACCAGGAUAUGCUUUUGGCAUUAUUUGGCAGGGAGCAAUCCUAAUCUUUGUCACACAUCACGCUAUAUACAGACUUGAAAAUUGGCUGUGCAUAUCUUGUUAGAGGUGAACAUGAUUUUCAUUUUUUUCCAAGAACCUUAUAUGAAAUGUGAGGUUUCCUGUGAUUAACUGUGAUGUUCUUAAAGGUAAGAGGUGAAAAGAAUAUUCCUUUUUUGUCAUUGGUGUGAUUGCUAUAUAACUAUUGUUUGCAGCCUGUUGAGUUCUAGCUGUGUGGAUACUCUCAUACAGUACUUUUGCUGGUCUUGUACUAUAAACAUAAUGUAGGAAUAAAAUUUAUCCAUUAGAGAUUGAUGAUUUGUCUUUUUUGGCGAGCCCCGGUAUCAUAUUCUUCCCUCAAAAAAAAAAAAAAA